GGCGGGCUGAGGGCGCGCGGAGCCUGCGGCGGCGGCGGCGGCGGCGGCCCGGCGGGCUGAGCGGCGCGGGCAUGGCCGCGCGCGGCCGGCGCGCCUGGCUCAGCGUGCUGCUCGGGCUCGUGUUGGGCUUCGUGCUGGCCUCACGGCUCGUCCUGCCCCGCGCCUCUGAGCUGAAGCGAGCGGGUCCUCGGCGCCGCGCCAGCCUCGAGGGCUGCCGGCCAGGGCAGGCGGCGGCUUCCCAGGCCGGCGGGGCGCGCGGCGAUGCGCGCGGGGCGCAGCUCUGGCCGCACGGCCCGGCCUCGGAUGGCGGUCCGCGCGACAGGAACUUUCUCUUCGUGGGAGUCAUGACCGCCCAGAAAUACCUGCAGACCCGCGCCGUGGCCGCCUACAGAACAUGGUCCAAGACAAUUCCUGGGAAAGUCGAAUUCUUCUCUAGUGAGGGUUCAGACACCUCGAUACCAAUUCCGAUAGUGCCACUACGGGGCGUGGACGACUCCUACCCACCCCAGAAGAAGUCUUUCAUGAUGCUCAAGUACAUGCAUGACCACUACCUGGACAAGUAUGAAUGGUUUAUGAGAGCAGAUGAUGACGUGUAUAUCAAAGGAGACCGUCUGGAGAAUUUUCUGAGGAGUUUGAAUAGCAGUGAGCCCCUCUUUCUCGGGCAGACAGGACUGGGCACCACGGAAGAGAUGGGGAAACUGGCCCUGGAACCCGGUGAGAACUUCUGCAUGGGGGGGCCCGGUGUGAUCAUGAGCCGGGAGGUUCUCCGGAGAAUGGUGCCGCACAUUGGAAAGUGUCUCCGGGAAAUGUACACGACUCACGAGGACGUGGAGGUGGGAAGAUGUGUCCGGAGGUUUGCGGGGGUGCAGUGUGUCUGGUCUUAUGAGAUGCAGCAGCUUUUUUAUGAGAAUUACGAACAGAACAAAAAGGGGUAUAUUAGAGAUCUCCAUAAUAGUAAAAUUCACCGAGCCAUCACCCUGCACCCCAACAAAAACCCACCCUACCAGUACCGGCUCCACAGCUACAUGCUCAGCCGCAAGAUAGCCGAGCUUCGCCACCGCACCAUCCAGCUCCACCGAGAGAUCGUCCUGAUGGGCAGAUACAGCAACACGGAGAUUCACAAAGAAGACCUCCAGCUGGGAAUCCCACCUUCCUUCAUGAGGUUUCAGCCCCGCCAGCGGGAGGAGAUCCUGGAGUGGGAGUUUCUGACUGGGAAAUACUUGUAUUCUGCGGCUGAGGGCCAGCCGCCUCGGAGAGGGAUGGACUCCGCUCAGAGGGAGGCCCUGGAUGACAUUGUCAUGCAGGUCAUGGAGAUGAUCAAUGCCAAUGCCAAGACCAGAGGACGCAUUAUUGACUUCAAGGAGAUACAGUAUGGCUACCGCCGGGUGAACCCCAUGUAUGGGGCCGAAUACAUCCUGGACCUGCUCCUUCUGUACAAAAAGCACAAAGGGAAAAAAAUGACUGUUCCCGUCCGGCGACACGCAUAUUUACAGCAGACCUUCAGCAAGAUCCAGUUUGUGGAGCACGAGGAACUGGAUGCAAAGGAAUUGGCCAACAAAAUCAAUCAGGAAUCCGGAUCCUUGUCCUUUCUCUCAAAUUCCCUGAAGAAACUUGUUCCCUUUCAGCUCCCUGGAUCAAAGAACGAGCACAAAGAACCCAAAGAGAAAAAGAUAAAUAUAUUGAUUCCAUUGUCUGGGCGUUUCGACAUGUUUGUGAGAUUCAUGGGAAACUUCGAGAAGACGUGUCUCAUUCCCAAUCAGAACGUCAAGCUCGUGAUUCUGCUUUUCAAUUCUGACUCAAACCCUGACAAGGCCAAACAAGUUGAACUCAUGAGAGAUUAUCGCAUUAAGUACCCUAAAGCUGACAUGCAGAUUUUGCCUGUGUCUGGAGAGUUUUCAAGAGCUCUGGCCCUUGAAGUAGGGUCUUCCCAGUUCAGUAACGAGUCUCUGCUCUUUUUCUGUGACGUUGACCUCGUGUUUACUACAGAAUUCCUUCAACGAUGUCGAGCAAACACAGUUCUGGGCCAACAGAUAUAUUUUCCAAUCAUCUUUAGCCAGUACGAUCCAAAGAUUGUUUAUAGUGGGAAAGUUCCCAGUGAUAACCAUUUUGCCUUCACUCAGAAAACUGGCUUCUGGAGAAACUAUGGGUUUGGCAUUACUUGCAUUUACAAGGGAGAUCUUGUCCGAGUAGGCGGCUUUGAUGUUUCCAUCCAGGGCUGGGGGCUCGAGGAUGUGGACCUUUUCAACAAGGUUGUCCGGGCAGGUUUGAAGACAUUUAGGAGCCAAGAAGUGGGAGUAGUCCACGUCCACCAUCCUGUCUUUUGUGAUCCCAAUCUCGAUCCCAAACAGUACAAAAUGUGCUUGGGGUCCAAAGCAUCCACAUAUGGGUCCACACAGCAGCUGGCUGAAAUGUGGCUGGAAAAAAACGACCCAAGUUACAGUAAAAACAGCAAUAACAGUGGCUCAGUGAGGACAGCCUAAGGUCCAGCUUUGCUGGAAGAGACGUUUUUAAUUAUCUAAUUUAUUUUUCAAAAAUUUUUUGUAUGAUCCGUUUUCGAAGUCCAUCAAGGAUAUAUUUUACACAUGAUUUUCUUACAAAGGACUCCUUGAUGAUUGAGCUUUUUGAACAAAAAUGUGAUCAUGUUUGCCUUUGAGCACAUUUUCUUGCUGAACGUCAUGUAGCAGGCCUGCUUGAUAAUGACUUGAAAUGUACCUGAUGGACAGAACUUUCUUGUCGUGUUUCGUUGUGUUUUAUGCGUUUCUUUUCAGACCCCUUUGCUGUGGUCCUAUGGUAGAAAACAUGAACGUUCCUGCAAAGUAUUAAUGUAACAGAACACUGUAACUCUGGUACAUGUUUUGUUGUAACUGGUAACGUUGCACAGAUUCGACCUUUUGUCUUUUUUUUUUUAAUGGCGAUUUUUUUUUUUUUUAAGCCAUUUCAUGUUCUAAUUGUAAAAUAAGGAAAUGUGAUAAUAAGCUGUAUCACCAUUGUCGGGAGAGCUUUCCAAAGUUGAUUCUUUCCCCCAACUUGUGCUCAUUGUGGUCACGGAGUUGUUUUAAAAGCAAGGGGAGAAAGGCACAGUAAGAUGAAUGGCUGUCGUCGUAAUUUGUGUGGCUUAAUGGACCUGGCAUUAAAUUCCAAGAAGGAUUUGGUUUUUUGUUUUUCUCAUCUUUAAAGGGUACACUAUUAAUAUUUGGAAUGGCAAAGAAGAAUUAUUGUAAUAAAUCUAAUGUACACAAGCUAAAACAGAAACAAAAACCCUCCCUAAUGAAAGCAUUGGGGGAAAAUGUAUUUUGGUUUUGUUCAUCCUGUCUGUGUUACAUCGGUGGAGUUGGCUGUUUCAAUCUUUAAUUACUGUUUUGUUUUAUUCUUUGUAUCUGAAAUACCUUUAAUUUAUUUAAUAUCCAUUGUUUAGAGCUCGGCCAUUUCUCAAGUACCUGUUUAGCUAUUAGUAUUUAUGUGUAUCAGGAGUGUGUUUAGUGUUAUUUUAUUUGCAGUAAACUGAUCUCCAAAGAUUUCCUUUUGAAAAUGCUUUUCCCUCCUCAAUUUUUACAUUCCUUACUGUUUUACUAAAUAUUAAGUGUUCUUUGACAAUUUUGGUGCUCACAUGUUUUGGGGACAAAAGUGAAAUCUGUCAUUACACCAGAAAGUUCGUUUGUUUUAAAAACUCACAGAUCAAAUGUGCCUUAAUAAAUUUUCUUUUUCAUUUAGAUUUCAAACAGUAAUAGACUUGCCAUUUUAAUACACAUCGUUGGAGAUCUGCUUAUUUGUAAAUAGUCUGUUGCUCAUUCGGGAAAAUAAACCAGUCAACAGUAUUUUUCUAUUGUACUUUUCAGGACCAUUUUGUCUCAUUACUCCUGUUUUAGCUAAAGAAUUGUAUAACAUUUGGAGAGUAAAAAACUGAAACACUGA